ACUUCUUAACCCGGAAAUAGACUGUCCGCUAACUCUCCGACUGGGAGUGGUGAUGGUGUCAGAACAAAACGUGUGUUUAUUUAUUUUACUGUCGCUUUCAUUAUUAGAGUCGCCGCUGUAACGCAGGGAGGUAUAUCUUUCACAAGCGUUUACUUGAAGGCAUGGACAAAGACAAGCGUAGCGAUAAUCAUUCCCAGUGCUCCUGGAUGGACAUGCACCAGUACAUCAGUGACCUUCUUACAUCUGGAAACCAGUCUAAAAACACGCCAGAUGUGACUAACGCAGCAUGGGGGACGACGACUGCUGCUGCUGGUGUUCCUCUUGGACUCAAAGCUUCCUCGCUUCAACCCCUUCAGGGACUUGAACCAGUCCAGGAGAGGAGAGAGGCAGCCCCCGGCAGACUGAUCCAUCCGGGGGCAUCACACAGGAGGGCAGAGGCCAGAGACAGAGCAGAAGGUGGCAUCGAAUAUGGUUUGGAUGAGCAUUAUGCCUGCACCUGCCCUGGCUGUCCUUUCUUCAGCUCCUCUUCCUCCUUUGAAACUUUAACACCCAGACAGUCUUUAUCCUCAUCUCAAUACUCUCAAGCUUCAUGCCAGCCCAAAGACCUGAGCAUGAACAUGUGCUCUCCAGACACCACCGGCCCCACAUCUGAGCAGGAGUCCAGGCUGUCCGACCGAUCACAGAGUGAUGAUGCAGACAGUGGGACCCAGAGCCAAAACCAAAACCCUGACACUACGCCUUUAAGACCAUCAGCAGGCUCUUUGGCCCAUCUUUCCAUGUUUCCCUGCUUGUGUUGCCACCGUGGAGUACAAACCUGUGCCCACCUCGUAAGCAGCCAGGAAAGCACAGACUCCCCCUUUUCCCACACCCACGCCCACCAUCAUUUUCAUCACCACCACUGCCCCAUAACAUCGUGCGUUCCCUGUCCUCAGCUUGCCCACUCUGCACAACUAUCUGCCUCCAUUCCAUACCUGUCUUGCCGGUGCUCGCGCACCUGUCCUCAUGUCUGCCACCACCAGCACAGACAAACGCAGCAGCAGGAGGAAAGAGGAAGGCCCCUCCUGUCGCUGCAUCCCUGUAUGCACUGCGCAGCCUCUUUUCCCAGGCCAUCUCAGCUGCUGCAGCACCAGCGCUCUGAGCAUGCCCACAAACCGUCUGGUUUCAUCUGCACAGAAUGCGGCCGGGCCUUCAACUCCCACAGCAACCUCCGCAUACACCUGAACGUGCACACUGGUGCCCGGCCCUACUCCUGCACUGACUGCGGGAAGAGUUUCAGCCAGUCGGGAGCGCUCAAGAUCCACAGGAGGAUUCACACAGGUGAAAGGCCGUAUUCGUGCGACUUCUGUGGUAGGGGGUUUCCCCACCUGGCGGGGGUGCGGGCCCACAUGCGGACCCACACGGGGGAGAAGCCCUACAGCUGUAGCCUGUGUGGGAAGUGUUUCACUCAGUCAGGAGCUCUUAAGAUCCACACCCGCCUCCACACAGGAGAGAGGCCCUUUAUCUGCAGCCUCUGUGGGAGGGGCUUUUCAAAUCGCUCCGGGAUCCGCUUCCACUAUCGCAUGGUCCACGGUCUGUCCUCUGAACAUGAUGGGGAGGCGAGGGCAAAACCAACAGGAUGUUCUCCUGGGCGUCCAAGAACUCUACGUCCACCCAGGGUUGAACUUGCCUCCCAGAACAGCCCACACAGGGCCUCACCUCCAAAUCCUCUCAGUUCUUCAGAACCGAUCUCUACCAAUCAUGGCAGCAUCCCACUUAGCGGAAAUGAGAGCAGGUCACAGGCAGAAGCAGUGGGCAGUCUUAGAGAGGGGCUGCCCUAUGGCUGCGAGGAUUGCGGCCUGCGUUUUAAAGACGCCCCGUCCAGGAAUAGACACCAGACUCUGGUGCACUACUCAAACGAGGGCAGGGAGGAGGAGAAUCAGGGACAGAGGAAGGAGUUCAGCCCGAGUGAAAACGUUCAGAAUCAAAGUGAAUAAAAGUGCAUUGUUGUUACUUUAAAAGUA